UUUUUGUGUCAGAAUGGCCGAACGAGCGCUGACGGCGAGCACUCGGGUGGUUCAGCGGGCAUUGGCUCUACUUGGUGUUCAUAGUGUGUUCAGCAGUGUGUGGGGGUUCCUGGAUUCCACCAUAAGAUGGAGUUGGAUCCCUGACUGGUUGCCGUCCUGGUGUCCAACUUCUCAGAGCCAGCUAACGAUAGCAGAGGACAAGAUGAUGAGAUGUGUUCAUAGUACUUUCACUAAAAAGUACAUCCCCAUCUCCAACAACAACCAGCUGUGGACACUGAGCUUUAGCAAUGAUGGUGUUAAAGGAAAAACUCCGCUGGUUCUGAUCCAUGGUUUCGGGGGCGGUGUGGGACUUUGGGUCCAAAACAUUGAUGCGUUGUGCCAGUGCCGACCCCUUUACGCUCUGGAUGUCUUGGGCUUCGGUCAGAGCAGCAGGCCUCAGUUCUCUGCAGAUGCUGAGGAGGCAGAGGACCAGUUUGUGGAGUCCAUAGAGCAGUGGAGGGCCGGAGUGGGUCUGGACACCAUGAUCUUGCUCGGGCACAACCUGGGAGGUUACGUGGCCACGUCGUACUCCAUGAAAUAUCCACACAGAGUAAAGCACAUAAUCUUGGUGGAGCCGUGGGGAUUCCCCGAGCAUGCCGACACAGCAGAGUUGGACCGUCCCAUCCCAGUCUGGAUCAAAGCCCUGGGGGCCAUCUUCCGACUCUUCAACCCUCUGGCUGCUCUGCGGCUGGUCGGACCUCUGGGUCCCACUCUGCUCCAGACUCUGAGACCCGACCUGAAGAAGAAGUUUUCUUCUAUGUUCAGUGACAACACUGUGUCAGAUUACAUCUACCACCUGAAUGUUCAAAGCCCCAGUGGGGAGACCGCUUUCAAGAACAUGACUGUUCCUUCUGGCUGGGCCAGGAGACCCAUGCUCAAAAGGAUGGACCAGCUUCACCCUGAGAUCCCGGUGACCAUCAUCUAUGGCUCGCGCUCCAGUAUAGACAGCAACUCCGGUGGCACCAUCAAAGAAAUGAGGCCAAACUCUCAGGUGGAGCUCAUUACGAUCCGUGGAGCCGGACACUAUGUGUACGCUGACCAGCCAGAAGAUUUCAACCACAGAGUGUUGCAAGUCUGUGAACAAGUGGACUGAAACAGAGACAAGUGCCAACAACUUUGGAGAAAAUGGGUUGCAUCAGUAACACUCGUGUUGUGAGCGACUGGUGUGGAACCUCGCAUGCUUCCAUGGAUACCAUUUUUACCCACCAUGUCUCUGAUAGAGGAGUGUGGAGCCUUCUUGGCUCUUGAACUCUGUACACGGAUAUCAACAUCCCCAUGUGGGGGUGCAGAGCAAGUUCCCUGCCCCCACAGUACCAACACGACAAGCAAACCAACAAAUUCUCUCCUGUGAACUGCUUUUAUAAGCUGUGCUAGUGUGACGCAUUCAAACAGAUAUGUACACUAAUUGUGUUGGCAGAUACAAAAACAACUUGUGGAGAGGGUGCAAAUCCAUCUGGGGGCUUUUCCCAACACACUUUACAAUGUAAGUAUCGGAAUAGCUGUGCAAAACCUGGUGCUGGGUGCAAGGGGGGGUCGGAUUUAUUGUUUUCAUCAGAGAUGGGUGUGUGGUCGUCUGAACAUACAAACCAACCAGAGUGGCGCCUGUUACUCCCUUUAAACUGCACUGCACCAGGCGCACACAGUGCUGAGGUAUCCACCAAGAGGCAGCAUGUCAAAGGAUUUAUGGUGCAUGAGCAGAGUAACAUCAAGUGGUCAGAGUGCACAGCACACAGUGGCCACCAAAGCCCCCUGAGGUGAAGCAGUAUGGUGAUGUUUCAUAUUUUUCCACGAGUGUUUAUUUUUGUUUAAUUUAAUAAUUGUUUUCAGUUCACGUUCAUAAUUAAUUUACAGCAGAAACUUUUGUGUGUCUCUGAGUGAGACGUUUCUCCUCCCUCUUUUUCUUUCUCUUAAUACAUGUCAUAUUGAUAUUAUAUCUUUACAGGUCACUGUGACGAUAUGUGCGAGGGGAAUGCACAGCUAUUAUGAAUCCACUUAUGCAAGGUGUGUCUGAGUGUUGCAUUCCCUGUACAG